GCACUCCUCCCACUAUCUUAAAUCUAAAAAAAAAAACUUUGGAUCUCAUCUCUCGUUGACUUCGAUGGCAGAGCUCAAGCAUUUCUCCCAUGAAUGCCCAUUGACUUCACCCAAGAUCGCCGUCGACGGGAUUUGCAGCAUUUGCUACAAAGAUGACCUUGUCGAGUUGGCAUGUAGCCCUUGCGAUUUCAGUCUCUGUAAAGGUUGCUCUCAACUUCCGCAGAAGGUCUGGCACGAUUUCCAUCCGGAUCAUCCUCUGGAAUUUUGUCUGCACCAGUACGAUCAGAAACCUGAACACGUCGUAUGCUCCGGGUGUGGCAACAUGACUUCUGGCUCUUUCUAUAAGUGUAAAGAGUGUGAGAUAUACUUGGACAUGGGCUGUGCGCUCAUUGCGAGCAUCUUCAGGGGCUGGGAUAGCAAAGACUUGCUCCAUUACAGCCAUUGCCACUUGCUUAAGAGGUGUAGACCCGGACCAGACGCUAGAGGUUCUUGCCUUCUCUGUGAGCUUCCCCUCUCUCCCUCUUCCGUUUGUUAUGGUUGCGUUCAUUGUUACUCAUUUGUUCACGAACGCUGUAUUCAUUUUCCGAGAGAGAUUGCACAUCCUGUGCAUCUUGCACACCCUCUCAAACGGCUUGAUUACACACGAACUAGUCUCUGUCAUAUAUGCGGGGAAAGUAUCGCUGGUGUCCCAUUUGGUUGCCUAGAAUGCGAUUUUGACGCUCACUUGAGGUGUUUAGAUUCCUUUUUGCGAGGGCUGAUGCACAAGUCUCAUCCGCACAGGUUGAUUUAUAGAACUAAAUCUCACAUAAGUUUCACAGAGAAUGAUCAAUGUCAAAUAUGCAGGAGAAGUAUUGUGAUAUCUCUUGACUCUUUUUUUUACUGCAUACAAUGCUCUAUGGUUUUCCAUUUCGAGUGUCUUGAGAUACCUGAGUUUGUGGUCGAGAAGUCUCAUCACAUUCAUCCACUUGUGUGCAAAUUUCUCCCAUAUGAGGAUGAAUUUUUGGAGUAUUGUGGCGUUUGCGAGACAAUGGUGUAUGCAGGACAUCAUGCUUAUUCCUGUGACGAAUGUGAUUUUCUAGGCCACAUUGAAUGCAUUCUACGCAAGGCUGCCCCUUCCCCACUAUACUUGAAAGAUCUUUACCCUUGCAGCAAAGACAACACUAGUUCAACAUAUCAACUGGACCAUGAUACCAAUGAGCCAAAAGCCGAACUUAUGGUCAAUACUAUGAAGGGGCAUAUACAUGUGAUGCGAUUCGUUGAUUUCCGUGAGCUUGAUGAAAAAGCAAAGUGCAACAUCUGUCGGACAAAAAUACGCGGUAGCCCAUGUAAAUGCGAGACGUGCAGCUUCCAGGCGCAUAGUUUCUGCGCAGAGCUAGGGCGACCAUUGAAGCAUCGAGUUCAUAAGCAUUUUCUGACACUCUUACCAGAUGCCCCUGCAGGCACAGAUGUUACUAUGAAUUGUGACAUUUGCAGAGAUGAUAUAAAAGGGUUCAAUCUCUUUUGUCGCAUAUGCAAUUUUGUCAUCCAUACCAAUUGCAUAUUUAGAGGUAAACACUUAUUUACGGAGUCACAAAGGGGGCAAAAAAUCAUUGGAAGCUGUACAGCGAUGAGUGGAUGCAUUCAAAAAGAGCAUUUGUUGGAUCAAAUAAUGGUCUCAAAGUCAUACUCCAUGGCUUGCGAUAUAUGUGAAGAGGUGGUGUGUGGAAAAGACAAGACCAUACAUAUGUCAUCGCUUAGGCUUUCAACAUUUGUGUAUCGUCUGAUCAAUGAAAGCUCACUUGUUUCAUGUGUGGUGUGUAAAGAUGUAUAUCAUCCAUUGUGUCUGGAAGUUAACAGGCAAAUGAGAUUCUGUCAUCCAAUUCAUCCUGAUCACUACCUUCCGCUUUCAUUUGUAAGUGGAUCCAAGUGCCUAGCCUGCAAGCUGGAAAUUAAAAAGUAUGGCUAUCAUUGUUCCACUUGCAACAUCAGUUUCCAUAUUAAAUGCAGCAAAGCGGUAAUAUUUCCACAACAGACAUCUCACAACCACCGUUUCUAUCACUUUUGGAUUGCUGACUCGAAGAUCACUCGAACCUGCCGUGUGUGCGCUAAACCGUGCGGUGUCUCGUUCUACGGAUGUAUUGGGUGCGACUUCAACGCCCAUGCAGAGUGUAUUGCGUUUCCAGACAAUGUGAAGAACCAAAAACAUGAGCAUACUUUGAAGCUAAUAGGUAGUCGUUAUUUCGAGCCAGAUUGCUUUCUCUGUGGAGAGCGUAUUGUGGGUAAAUUCGGAAAAAGCUCCAAUGUGCUUUAUUCAUGCAAGCACUGUGGCAAAGAGUUUCACCUCAAAUGCAUAAUGUCUACGGAUGACCGUGAAGCUGCAACAGAAGAGGAUCAAUAUGGAGACAUAUAUCUUAUGUACCUUGAGCGUCAUCUCUUGGAGGUGUUAUAAAAGGAUGACGAAGACAGUGAUUCAUCUUAGUUUGGUUUUCGCCCCCUCCAUGUGUAAACUAAUAAGGAGACUACUUCCCUCAUCUGAGGUUAUGCCUCUUUGCUUGAUUUGUGUUUACUUUUUCAGAGUGCCAAGUUUGAUGCUAGUAGUGCCUGUGCCACUGUUUUUCUCCAAGUUGUUAUUACCGUGUACUACAUUUCAAAAAACGUUUGCAUUUUUAACGCGAAUUUCUUCCUAUCU